CACUUCAGCACCACAAGCCGAGCAGAGGCAGCGGGCUAGCUAACGCUGAAGAGGAGGGACUGAAGACACGGCUCCACAUCAGCACCAGCACCGACCCGAGUCCCGAAUACAGAAAAUACUGAAAUACACCCACCGAUAUCCGCCAGACCCGCCGACAACAAACGAGGCAAACGACUGCAGAAAAAGAGUUCAGUAAUCAUGUAUGAUGCUGCAAGGGUGCCAUCUCCUAAGGAUGGUGCAAACGGCAUUGCUCAGCCCGUGGUCCCAGGGGCAGGAGCGGGAACAGCUGUAGGAUCAGGAGGGCCGACGCCGACUGCAGCCUUGCAAGCUAAAGCUGAGGAGGGGCAGCCAGGCACGGAGGAAGAGGAGGAGGAAGAGCAUCCCAAAGCAGAGCCUGUCCUGGUGAAAAAGCCACACAGAGAGAUUCUGGACCAUGAGAGGAAGAGGAGGGUAGAGCUCAAAUGUAUGGAGCUCCAGGAAAUGAUGGAGGAGCAGGGGUACACAGAGGAAGAGAUUCGACAGAAAGUGAGCACAUUCAGACAAAUGCUGAUGGACAAGGAGGGCGUUAUCACCAGAGAGGGCUCACACACACAACCAGUGGUCAACCACCUGCACUAUCAGCCUAAUGAGUAUGAAGAGGACCCUGAAUUGGUUGGCUAUGAAGAUGGAGACUAUGACCAUGAUUACCACAGUGACAACAGAGUGAAGAGGAAAUCAAGCAGCUCUCCAUCCCCUCGUCCAAAGAAAAGGAAGAAGAAGAAAUCUGGCCGCCGGAGGAGUCGGUUUGGCAGCUCCUCACCCACUCACAGAGAGAAGAAGAAAAAGAGUGGGAAGAAACACAAGCGAGACAGAUCUGCAUCUGGCUCCAGGAAAAAGAGGAGAUACAGAUCGGGCAGCCCAAAGAACAAACACAAAGACAAGAACAAACAGAAAAAGAGGUCCCCCGGUGAGACCCCCAGUAGGAGUUCACAGCGUCAAGGCAGCUGCUGUAGCUCCCGCAGCGCCUCCCUGUCCUCAACGCGGAGCACCUCCAAAUCUCCUGCCAGACUGAACUCCAAGCACAAGAUGGACGGACAAAAGGCGUCCGGCACCUCGCUGUCCCCGGGCCCCAACACUCCUGCUGCAUGGCACAACGGGGACCACACCCAGCGAAGCCGCAACGGCAAGGCCGGCAGACUCAACCACGCCGAGGGCGAGAAAGGGCACGAUAAGCUCCGUCUGCUGACCGCUAGCUCUGCAAGCAUCCAGUCCACUCUGCUGAGAGAGCACAAGCUCCACAGCGCCCCCAGCAGGAGCCAAACGGGACAGACGUGCGCAGCAGGAGAUGCUGGGAGUGUGGACGGAAGGAACACAGUUGUAGGGAGCUCCGUAAGCCAGACGUCGGGGAAGAGAGGGAGCCAGAGAGGCCAGAAUAAGAGCUCCCACUCCCCUGCUCACAGCAGCGACUCGGCCCACUCCCAGCACAACCACGCUCACAGAGGGAGGAACUCUCGUCACCAGAGAAAGACAAAAGGUGGCCACUCUUCCAAACGCCACCACCGCUCUAGUCGGGGUCAGGCACACCACCGUAGCCCAUCAGCAUCUCCAGGACGCCACUCACACACGUCCGGCAGGAAGAAAGAGGAGUCUCGCAGCAAACCCAACCUCCGGCAGCGCAGCAGCUCCUGGAGCAGCGGGCGUUCAUCCUCUCGCUCUGCCUCUAGAGACAGAGGCCCCAGCAAGACCAAGUCCCCACACAAUAGACAGAACAACUCCAGAGAGAGGGACAGCCCUAACCGCUCGGACACCGACAGCCGAGCUCGCCGCCGCUCACGCAGCUACUCGCCCAUUCGCAAAAGAAGAAGAGAUUCACCCAGCUUCAUGGAAGCUCGCAGGAUUACCAGUGCUCGGAAGCGGCCAAUCCCGUACUACCGGCCCAGCCCUUCGUCGUCCAGCUACGACAGCAGCCCGUCGCGGUCCAGCCGCAGCCGCAGCUACAGCAGCUACAGCCGCAGCAGGAGCCACAGCCGAAGCCACAACCGGAGCCACAGCAGGAGCCGGAGCCGGAGCUGGAGUCGGAGCCGCAGCCAGAGCCGGAGCUGGAGCCGCAGCAGGAGUCGCUCCCGCAGUCACCACAGUUACUACAGCCGCAGCAGCUACGACAGCCCCGGCUUCUGAGCGCAACAGACAGCACAGAAGGGAAACACAAACAAACAGAGGAGCAGUCCUGUUGAAUUUACCGUGCUCCGGUUCAGUCAUGAUGUAUCUUUAACAAGCCCUCGACAGCCCCUGCACUGCUGUACAGUCCAGGGCCCUCGACCCUAGACAUAAUCCCUCUCCAACACAGAGCCUGGAUCAAAGAGGAGGGAUGUAUUUUGAUAUAGCACAUUAUUAUGAAUUUGGCUGUCACUGUUCAUGUCCUCACAUAUACAAGGUAUUAAAGGAAAUGGGUUACCACAUGUCAAAAAUUAAUUUGGUAGAGCCCAAAGAACAAAUCUUGCUGUAUGUUAGCACUUUCUGUCUCUUCUUCCACAAAGCAACCAAAAAUUAAUUCAUUACAAACUAUAUACUAUAAAUAUAUAUAUAUGAAUAUAUCCUAACAAUAGGAGCUGAGUAGAAGUCAAAAAGAGGACACAUCAACGGCUUACUGUACAUUUCAGAAAAUCUCACUUUUUUUCCUCCCCCCAUCAUGUACUCAUCCCCCCAAAGACUUCCAUUUCACCGAAGCACAGAGAUCAACAAAAGUGAGAACAAAAGAGACGUCGGCGGAUGAAACAGGAAAUGGAAGAGAAAAGGAACUUUUUUUAUGAUGAAAAUUGUAUUGUAUAGGUUUGUCUGUAUAGAUGUAAACUCUCUUAAGUUCUGGCUUUGUAAACUAUGCACUGUAUAUUCCAUCUAGUUUGAAGAGGCUUGUUUAGCAUGAUGCAUCGGGAGAGACUUGCUGCUCGAUGGACAGUACCUGGCUGAAAUUAAAGGUGCCAGGGUGCAUCUGUUCUCCCCUCUGACAUAUCCAGUAUGUCAGCCACCUGCAUACAGAGGUGAAUGGGACGGGGGGGACAAAAACUAUGUAUUAUGUACUUUUACUCUCUUCCCUGUUUAAAUGAUUACGUUGAUUCUGCUAAUGUGUGUGUGUGUGUGUGUGUGUGCGUGUGUGUGCGCGCGCGUACGUGUGUGUACCUCCUCUGCAAUGACCAGUGAGGUAAUUAUUUGUGUGUGUGUACCACUGUAGCCUGCAGCUCAGGCUGCUGUGUGGUAUUGUACAGGAAAACUGUCUGCAAAAAGUCUCCAUGCACACUUUUUGUGUUGACCACAGCUAUUUAUAAUUCUAAUUGUAUUUAUCAGUUUAUUUAUUGGGCUAUUUAUUAUUUUAUUUAUUUAUCAUUCUGCCAUGAGCUGUAAAGCAGUUGGAUCAUGCUUCGACGAUGAGAUUGCUGCAAAUGUAUUCCCAUUUGUAAAUGAACUGUACUUGUUUUACACGAAAUGGGUUUCUUAUUGUGGCGAAGGAUGACUAUCGCUAUCAGAUGAGCGAGCGGGGUGAAGAUCCUUUGCUGUGUGUUUCAGAUGCUCUGAUUUUAGCCAGUGGAACCAAGUCUUCACCCACAGUUACUCCCACGACUGCCAUUAUGGCGUCCCCUGCCUAUUGUAACGGUUCAUUUUAAUGCCAGCCAUUGUGGCUCUGCUUGUAUUGAGGAGCGAGGGAUCAGCCUCAAACAGAACCAGAACAUCUCCCUGUGAUUAGAGGGAGUCCAUUAUUCUACACAGCCACCACAUACUCUAAUCCCUUGUAUAAUGGGCCGCACCAUGUUUCUGUACCGUACAGCUACGGUAGUACGGUAAACAAACUGGCGAUACAAUCAGGGAUCACCUUAAGUCUUCCUUACCAUUCGUCCAGUCUCAUGUCACUCGCACAGUGUUGCAUUCCCAGUGUAACCCAACUAUGAUACUCUGCAAACCUGUUAAUUUAUUCCAAGUAUAGCAUUGCCCCUUUGGUUCUACAAGUCAUUCUUUGUAGUGUACAAGUUAUUAUACCUGACAAUAAACAGAAACAAAUGGGGAAAUGA